GAAAAGAAUCUACGCUACGGAACCAGUCGAUGAGACUGAGAGAGUCGAACAAAAGCGCAAGCAGAAACCACGUCGGAAGGAGUUGAGUUCAGUCGCCAAAAAUACAUAAUUUCACGUAUCUCUGAAGAGCAUAUCCAGUAGUAUCUGUGAAGAACAUCAAGAUGUUGACGGAGGGUAGGCUGUAUGUGGGUUCACUGAAUCCUGGUACAUCCAAGCAAGACAUCGAGUCUGAAUUUGGGCGAUACGGAUCACUGCGCGAUGUGUGGCUGGCCAGAAACCCCCCAGGCUUCGCGUUCAUCGAGUACGACAGUGUUGCAGACGCUGAGAAGGCCAUGCGGGAUUUGGACGGCGCCAACAUCUUAGGCUCGCGGAUCAAGGUGGAACCAUCCAAAGGGCACCAGAGAGGGGGUCGCGGAGGUAGAGGUGGCGGGAUGCGGGGCGGCGGUGGCGACAGACGCGGUGGAGGAAUGCGCGGCGGGUCACGCGGGGGCAGUUUCCGCGGAUCACGCGGUAGCCGCGAUGGUGAUUCCCGCGGUGGCCGAGGCCCUCCAUCGUCCUAUAGUAGCUAUGGCGACUACCCGGCCCGCGGUGGAGCAGGUGCAUAUCGCGAUGAGCCAAAAGCACGCUACAGUUCAGAUCCCUACGGAAGCAGAUAUGAUUCCGCCGCCUAUCGCAGCAGAUCGCCAAUUCGCAGAAGGUCCCCUCCGCCCACGAGAGGGCGGGAUUUCGGAAGCCGAGAAUACAGCACCAUGAGCCGUGAGUACGGUAGUGGGCGCGACUAUGGGGCCGGGGCUGCGGAUUAUGGGACCUCUGCAAGGGAUUACGCUUCUCCUAGGAGUUACGCCCCACGAGAUAGCACCCGGGACUUUGACCGAGAGUACAGAUCGCCCGUUGCUAGUAGUGGAGCUGGUGCCCGUUACGACCGAAGUGAUUUUGAUCGCUACAGUCGCUACGACAGGGCCCCUGCUACUUACAACGACAGAACCCGGCGAUCACCUUUGCCACGUCGCUGAGGAUAUUAGGGCACCAGGGUAAACGAGUACCAGUUUCACUUCCAUGGAAGGAGUACAUUGUGAACAGCCUCCCCCCUUCUAAAAACUUAACAGUUGUUUUGUUUUCGUGGUUUCUCGUUAAAAUUGUUUUUACAUGCAUGUGUUUCUAGUAACGUUGAAAUAGUGCGAAUAACUUUUAUGUUCUUCCAAGGAUUGUAUAAUGUACAUACUGAAUUAAGAAUUCUUCCAUCUUGUGUUUUUGUGUGCUCCCCAAAAGAAGAAAACAAAGAAAAAAAUCCCGACAAAAUCAUGACAAGACUAUUAAAACCAUUACAAUGUUAGAUUGUGUUUAUCAUAAAUUGUUUUCUUCUUUCCCUGUAAAAAUGUAGUGCAUCUCGUUUAAUGUAGAUAUUCACCUGCUUGAAAGGUUUCAUGUUUUUUUUUUUAUUAGGUUUUUUUUUAAACAUAUUUUGUAGUACUUAAAACUUUAACAGUCCACACUAAAGGCCAGUCUUGGGGGACAGUUUCAUGAAGCUGUGUAGUCUUGAUGCAAGACUGGAUUUGGAUUUUAUUCCCCUUAUACAGCCGGUCCGUGACAAGCGAGGUCGCUAUCAACAGGACGAAUCAAAUCAAGUCUUGGCAAUUUUGGCAGCGCUAACCAGGAAAUUCAAUGUAUUCAAGCAAAUACAUGUGCGUGAAGUACAUGUAUGCUCGGAAUUUCCCGGGUAGCGCUGCCGAUAUUGCCAAGCUUUGAUUCAUCUUGUUGAUAGAGUUCUCCACCAUCGCGGUAACUUAACCACAUUUGUCACGGGACUGGAUGCAAAACAGGGUAAUAAUAAUUCAAAUCCAGUCUUGGACGAAGACUAGAAGUUGCGAGGCACUCAAAUUUGCUAGACACAGAAAAAUUCUGCUUACCAGAAUGAGUUCUCAAUAUGCCUUUGACUGGUUUGCAGCUUUUUUUAACAUGUAAAAUUGCUUAACUAUAUUUUAUGCAUAGAAGCUCCAUAAAUUACAUGUUGACAAAGAUUUGUAAUGUAGGUUAUCUGGGGUCUUGUGUAUAUGACAAAUUAACUUAAAGUUGCUCUACCUGUGCUCUUUAACGAAUUUAAAAAAAAAA